AUGCCCCCUUACCCCAGUUCGUCUCUAGAUAGCCAAAAUAACCCCAAUAUCAGAAAGCGCCGGCCUUACGGCCACGGGGAAUCCCCGAUGGUGCCUAUACCCCAGGAUUCGUCUUACUCGCUUUCUGCUCUUUCGUCUCAUCCGGAGGACUUCUCCGCUCAUGAUCUACAAAUACUUCAACAGGCGGCAUCUAUCUUGAAUUGCCCCGUUCCCCAAUUGCUAGGCCUUUAUAAUAGAACUUCUCAUCCUCAGCAAUAUCCGCUCUCCUCCAUUCCAUAUCCUGUUUCAACUAAAAGGCCGCGUAUGAGUGCAGAUAUGGCUUCGGCAUCCCCCCAUGAAAAGUCCCCACCACCUCCGCCACCCGCGCAAGACGGCUCUGAGCGGCAUCAAGCCCCUAAUCUAUCAAAUAGUGGGUUCUCCAUAGGCAUAGACCGUUCUCGUCUUACGCAGUACUUCACCAAUUUUUCCAUCUGCCCGCCAUGCACAACCUGCGAACCCCAAGUUUAUGGCCCGAUCCCGGCCAGCUCGUCCUACGACUAUGAUUCAGGACGUCAGUAUUUCGACGACAGACCAUCGUCUCCUGGCCCAGCGCCUGGCACUAUGUCCCCAGACCAGCCGAAUGUGUUUGUUGCUAAUGACCCUUCUACAGCACCUCCCAUGAUGCCCAACUAUCCUAUUCUGCAGCCAAAUAGGCCUAUGACUAUGCAGCCUUCUACUAGCGGCGAAGGCAUGAUAUAUCCUGAGGCUAUUUCCAGCCAACAGUAUUUUAAUCAGUCAGACUUCCACCACGACGUGUCAAGUUCCAUGACAAGCAGUACGAUAGAAGCUCAAUCAUAUAACCCGUUAUUGUUCGUGCAUAAUAAUACUCCUGGGAAUAUAUCACCCCACGGAGUAGAUAGAAUCCAGGAAAACAGCAAACCUCGUGAAUUGGAUAUCGUACAUCAGAAUCAACGACCUCCUGCUGCAAGGAGGGGCCCAUUCAAAACGAAUGUCCAACGAGAAGAGACGGCCGAGACACGACGGAUUGGCUCCUGUAUUCGGUGCCGAAUGCAACGGAUUCGCUGUGAAAUGAACCCUACAGACAAGCUCGGCACAUGCUUGACAUGUCUGAGAAUUAACAAUACGAAGAUUUGGCGGAUGCCAUGUCUCCGCUAUAAAAUCACCGACGUGAAACUGUUCAAACCUGGGAAUGUGAAGGGGUACGAAUGGACUCGGAGGUGGAUCGAGGGUAUCCCGGAUGAUAUUUCACAAUGGGCAUCGUCAGAGACGAAAAUAGUCAAGGUCACUGAAGGGUACACCGAACAGACAGUCGAGCUUCGAGUGCGGCAAUUUGUUCCGCAGGAAGGUGAUAAACUCGAGCGAAGUUGGGUUUACGAGGGAAAUAGGAGAAGAGUCAAAAUUCCCCCAUAUGCCAUCGUGAAUCUCGAGGAAGCAAAGAGUACCUAUACCAAUUAUAUCCGGCAGUGGCUGCCUGAAUGUUGCAAGAAGGUUGCUGGCAAGGAGAAGUUUUUGCUCGCAACGUACGGCGCUGCGAUCAGAGCCUCUAGGAACCAGAGCAUCGACCCUAAGGAGAAUGCACUCCUGAAAAAGGCAUUGCAGUUGUGGAUGGCUGUCCGCUUGACCACGAAAUCGACGAUCAUAGUUGGCGACGAGACGUUAGGAAUGUCUAAAGAUAUCAUGGAUGAGACAAGUCCGCUUCGAGGCUGUAUUCCACUCCCACCCGUGAUGGGCGCGCAGAUUGAACUCGUCCUGAUCCAUCAAAUACAAUCCAGUCUUCGGCGGGAGAUGCUGGAAAACUUACAAGCUAUGACGCAGGCUAACAAGAAGAAUACCUGGUUCACGACAUACCUGAUCACCUUUAUCCUGCUCCACAACGUAGCUCUCCUCUGCCAGCACGACGCCGGGUAUGCGCGAAAGCACGGCUUCAAGAGCCGGUUUGCGAGAGAAGAGAUGUUCUUGAAGCCGAAAUAUCCUAACAGAUGGGACUUUUCUCAAACAGGAGCAAAUGUUUUGCUGGCGUACUUCCAUUACUGCAAUAAAGGCGUAUAUCCAUUCUCUUCAGAGUGUAAAGAGCAAGACCUGUCGACAGUGGCGGAACUGGAUGAGACUAAGAUAAAACUCAUCCAGUACACAAGGGCGCACGCCGAAAAAUACAAAAAACAUUGGACCAAGUUACGGCAGAGUGGCGAUUACGAGAAUGAUUUUUACUAUAUAAGUCAAAUGUACGAGGAAAACUGGACUCCGCAGCCCACAAUUUGA